GCUGGAGAAGAGCAUAUAGUUGACAAUGAGUUUGAGAGUGAUAAAAAUAAUAAAAGGGUCACGAAGAAAUAUGGAGAAAAUGCGCUCAAGGAACAAGAAAAUGUGAUGCUUCUAAGACCAGUGGAGGAGCAGAAAAGUAAGAGCAUGGAUAUGAGACCACAUCUUCAGUUUCUUGAGCAGCGGUUGAUUCUUCCGCAGACGGCUUACGUGAAUCCACUUGGAGUAGUGGGGUUUGCGGAUAGGCUGUUGUCUGAAGAGACGUGUCUCCCAAUAGCACUGGGGCGGGAUCAAAUCGUUUCCUACUUUCUGCCUUCUGAGCAGAGCCAAUACCAGCUUGACGGAGGACUAUUCUAA